UUUUAAUGACAUAUCGACACUUUUUGUCAUUAUGAAACUUGAGUUACAGUUUUUGCAAUUGUCAAAUAUUUUUUCUAAAUGGCAUUUGCUUUUUUUUCGUUCUCGAUUUGACCGCAAAGGGGUUUAAGGUGUUUUUUAGAUAGGUGUAGCAUAACUAGAAAGGAAGGAAACAUGAACCGACUGGGCAAUUUGUUUCAGGAAAGUGCCAGGAAAAUAAAUUUGUUAAAUGAAACACUAGGUCGAGGUUCUAAGAUCGAGGAAGAGACAAUCGAGUGGAAAAAAUCAAGUAAUAUUAUCAAUACUAAUAAUAACAAUAAUAAUAAAAAAAAUAAAACGAAAACAAAAUUCAGUUCUCACCCGAACUAUUUCGACUCGGAGGACGACAGUGACAAUGGCGAAAAGACUGUUAGAAAGGGACACGAUUAUCGUAAACAAUUCAACGUGAACAGAACGAACUGGUUAAAUUUGAACGGAUUCAGAGAUCUUACGUUAAAAGGAGCAAAUUACAGUCACCUAAAUCAUAAUCACAAAGUCACGUUUGAGCACUUUAAAGCAAAAUCAUACGUAUCUUCCACAGAUGAAUCAAAAAUAACGAUACCAAGCGAAAUAUCAUCCUGCGAUACCCUAAUAGCUAAACGAGAAAAUUUGGACGUACUGAAAAAAGAUGCGCUCAACAUGCAACUCCAACUCAAAGAGAAAAAAAAGGGCCAUGGGAAAAUCGAUCCGAAUAAAAAAGUUACUCAGUCGAAAUUUAGAACGAUGAAACAACCUGAAAUACAACACAACGACAAGAUAAAAUCCCGCACCACAUCUUCGGCAACAGUGAACAUAAACGGUAACAAGACAUUUUACAUCGACUGUCACAAGAUGCUUUCGCUGCUUGAAAAAUCUAUUACUUUUAUCGAAAGCAUUGAACAAAUAAUCGACAUCGGUAUAGAGCCUCCCGACGGGUCAGAAGACUAUAAAAGAAAACGCAAACGUGCUGUGGAAUUUGCCUCCAGAUUUUCACGCAAUUACCUCUACACCCUCGGACGUCAAAGGGCGGACCUUUUGAGGCUUACCAGCUGCGGUAAACACACUUACCGUACGAAAACCCUGACGGCACAAAAAAUUGUGUCAGCAAGCCAGAUAAUCCUGCAGGCAUUGCAAGCAUAUCUUCAUUACCUCCCUUCGUGUCUGCCCGAUUCCCUCCACGAGAAACUCCAAGAAUUAAUAAAGCACAGCCUAGAAAUAUGUAACGUGUACAGCUCGUUUGUGGAAGACAGUCCAUACGUCAAUGACAAAAGUCGAUAUCUUGUCGAAUCUUUCCGCGUGAAAUUCGGAAAUUGUUUAGAAAAAUUGCAGCAAAUAAGUAACAACAUUAUGGAAAGGAACAAUAAUCUUCCCUUGGCAUGUACGAAAGUAUCUCUGCACAGUACCAAAGAGAGCGUGAAAUCGCUCCAACUGAAGAAAAAGAAGAAAGCCCUGGCGGCCAGACUUUCCAUGUACAAAGACACCACGGUUCGAAGAGAUGCACCGUGGAGGAAAGCCGUCGAAGCUUUGGCCAGACAAAGGCUGAAAUAUAGCCACGUCAAAUCGCGGUACAAAACAUUCGUUCCGAAACACAGACAAUCCGAAGAAAUGAUAGAGGUGCAAAACAAAUUUCCCCCUCCUCAACCCGAAAGGAAACCAAUACCACACAUGCUGAAAAAUACUCCUCUGUCAACCCCUGUCAACGAAGACCGAAUCACCACCAUGGUGGAACUGGAAAACAACCGGAACCACAAAGAAGUUCAUCAGCAUGACAAGAAACUGCAAGAUCUGAUAAUCAAUAUUCAACAACUCGUCCAGGAAAUUGACAAGAAAGAAGACAGCAAUAAGAGUACCGCACUUCUAAACGGUUUCCUCAAAACAAACGGAGAGAAAGUGGCAGACAACAAUCCCCAACACGAAUCCUCUGUCAUUUUAGAAAAUCUCGCGUUGCAACUCCACAAAUACUGCAACAAAGAGAAGCAAACAAUGGAACAGAAGAACGACGAAAACGAGGACAAAAUCCACGACGACGAGUUGAGCAGAGAAAAGAAGAAAGGAAGCAGAGAUAGUCACAGGAGUUUAACACCGAAUAAAAAAGAUAGGAUUGUUUCAAUCACCGGCCCGAAAAACGCCAAACUCAUCCACAUGGUGCGAAACGAGGAUGAUGCUAGCGAGGUCGAAGCGUCGAGAGAAAGACAUCAAGAGAUUGAUACAAAUAAUUGUAAUGAUCAGGCACCGAUGGUUUGUGGGGAUGAAAAGCCAAAAAAAGUACAAACAAAAACAAAGGGCGGUCUGAUCCGAUUAAAGGCUUCGCCACUAAAACAAUUGGAUUUACUGCCUAAAAACGAAGUAGUCGAAAUAGUUAAAUAUAAGGUGAAUUAUAGUAAAUUUUCGAAAUGCAGUUGUAUGUAUAGAAAAUCGUCGAAGAUGCAGCCCUGGAUCCUGCUGCGAAAUGUAUCCGAAAAAUUGUUUCGCGAAUUAUUAAUGUCUAUUGUUCGAGAGCUGGAAAUGCCGCAGCUCCUCGAAAAAAUGUAUCUAUCCGAAUUUCAGUAAGAAAUAUAUUUCUUUAUACGUC